AUGUUCGCGCAAAAGUUUGUGAUUUUGAGUUUGGCGGUGGUGGUGUGUCUGGCGCAACAGCAACAACAAUGUGAGUUUUGAAAAAAAUGCAUUUUCUGGUAGGAAAGUUUUGGGUUUGUAGUUAGAAAAAAACUUUUUUAACAACCAGAAAUGUUUUUGGUGAAAAUGAAGCGCUGAUUAAUGCUUCACCAAUAAAUAUUUGUCAAUAGAAAACCAUGUUUUCUAGAUUUUUCAAACUAUUUCCAUAUCAGAUUUUUCCUGAAAAUUUGGAAUUUCUAGUAAUCAUUUCAAACUUUUAUAUUUUCCAGAUAACCAAAACCAAUACUCAAAUCAAGGAAGUUCGACACUCCAAUAUAACAACGGUGUAACAUCUCAACCAAUUCAAUACGACAAUUCAAACCAGCAAUAUAAUUCCGAUUCAACUCAACAAUACAAUAAUAAUAAUAAUCAAUAUAAUUCUAACUCUAACGUCCAAGGUUAUUCAACAAAUGGAUAUUCCAACUCAAAUCAACAAUAUUCCUCAAACCAAGCUUCAAACUCCAACACGAACACCUCUGUAUCUAUUAUGAAUUAUUCAUUCAAUAAUGGAAAUUGUCAAUAUAACAACGGACAAAUUACUGAAAAUGGUCAAACUCGUCAAGCGACACAAGACGAACUCAAUCAAAUUCAGCAAUACAAAACAAAUGUUGAUCAAUACAUGAGUCAAGUUAACACUUAUGUUGGAUCCUGGAUCAAUUCAGUAUUCCAAACAUUGCCAACCAACAACGGAUCUUUCCCAAAUAUUCCAACCAUGCCAACAAUGCCAUCUGUAAGUUUGAUAUUUAUUGAAUUAUAAAUAUUAUUUAAUUUUUCAGCCACCAUGCUUGUGCAGCGCUCAGAACUGCGGAAAUACCACUGACACUACAGCUGCCGGAACUUCCCCACAACGUGAUUUUUAUGGUAAUCAGAUGUCAAACAAUCAACAAUAUCAAUCGAAUGGAAAUUCACAACAAUACCAAAAUUCUAAUCAAUACGGAAACUCGCAACAAUACCAAAACUCGAACUCGAAUCAGUAUCAGAACCAAAAUCAAAACCAAAACCAAUAUGGAAACUCACAACAAUACCAGAACUCAAAUUCCAAUCAAAACCAGAAUCAAUACAAUCAAUAUCAAACUUCAAAUGGAAAUGCUCAAUAUCAAAGCUCAAACGGAAAUCAAUACCAAACUUCCAACCAAAAUCAGAACCAAAAUCAACAAUACCAACAAUCAAAUCAAAAUGGAAACACUCAAUAUUAUUCCACAGGAAGUGCGAUCUAUCAAACUUCAUCUAGCCAACCUUCAAAUUCUCAAUCACAAUCUUCAAAUUAUUAUGGAAGAAGAAAGUGA